GAUAACGGCGUUUUGCAGGUACUCCGAGGGAGGCUGACGCGACACUGUUGGGAAGCCAUGGCAUCAUCACGGCGCCCAGCGCUGCACCUGUCCGUGAGGAGCGGCUUCCUUUCCCUCCUCCUCUUCCUCCUCCUUUGUGUCCAGCUCGGGGGCAGCCAAAAGAAGAAGGAGAAUCUUUUAGCUGAGAAGGUAGAACAACUUAUGGAAUGGAGUUCAAGGCGCUCGGUCAUCCGCAUGAAUGGAGACAAAUUCAGAAGAUUUGUGAAGGCCCCACCUCGCAACUACUCGGUGAUUGUGAUGUUUACAGCUCUCCAACCGCAGAGGCAGUGCUCCGUUUGCAGGCAAGCUAAUGAGGAAUAUCAAGUGUUGGCGAACUCCUGGCGCUACUCUUCAGCUUUUUCAAACAAACUUUUCUUCACUAUAGUCGAUUAUGAUGAAGGCGCUGAUGUUUUUCAGCAGCUCAAUAUGAACUCUGCUCCGACGUUCAUGCAUUUCCCUCCGAAAGGUAAGCCCAAGAGAGCUGACACGUUUGACCUGCAGAGAAUUGGAUUCGCAGCAGAACAGUUAGCUAAGUGGAUAGCUGACAGAACUGAUGUUCAUAUCAGAGUGUUUAGGCCACCAAACUAUUCAGGUACUAUUGCAUUAGCCCUUCUGGUGUCACUGGUUGGUGGUUUGCUCUACUUGCGGCGAAAUAACUUGGAAUUCAUCUACAACAAGACUGGCUGGGCCAUGGCAGCAUUGUGUGUCGUUUUUGCUAUGACUUCUGGCCAAAUGUGGAAUCACAUUCGUGGGCCCCCAUAUGCUCAUAAAAACCCUCAGAAUGGGCAAGUGAGUUACAUACAUGGAAGCAGCCAGGCACAAUUUGUUGCGGAGUCUCACAUUAUACUGCUCCUGAAUGCUGCUAUCACCAUGGGAAUGGUUCUUUUGAAUGAAGCUGCUACCUCCAAAGGAGAUGUUGGGAAAAGGAGAAUAAUAUGCCUGGUGGGAUUGGGUCUCGUCGUUUUCUUCUUCAGCUUCUUACUGUCGAUCUUCCGCUCCAAGUAUCAUGGCUAUCCAUACAGCUUCUUAAUUAAGUGAAUUCAAGUGAGAUUAGCAUAAAGCUAAUGUUUACUACGAAGAUAAGCAGCUCCUGAUAGUAUCUGCUUACCAACACCAUAUUUCUUCAAGAGGGUUUUUUUUUUUGCAUUUUGUUCAUUUGCUUCCUAUGAUAAAUUACAGCAUUUGUGUGAAGACAAGUUUGCAUUUGUACCUUAUUACCAAAUGCUUCAUCUAAUUUGUAAUGCAUAGCAAAUAUUGGAUAUCUAAAUGGAAGAUGUGAUAAACAGGAGCGGAAAUGUGAUAUGCUUGGUGAUCCUGAAUUUAAAUAAAGUUAACUCUAGUGGGAAAGUCUUUCUGUUGUCGUUGAUGUUGUUGUUGUCCUAUCACACUUGUAUAGAUUUCAGUUGAAAAAAGUCAAACCAUUCAGAAUUUUGGAACUGUACUCCUAUGACAUAAAGCAAUGUAAGGUUACCAAACCAGCUUUGCUGAAUAAAGGAAACACAAACUGA